AUGCUGGUUGCCAACCAGCCCGUCACAUCGCCGGCGUGCAGCGUGUUCCGUGUUCAAGCCUGCUCGGCGACGAGCAGUGGCUCUGCCAUCCGGCAGCGAGGUCUGCAGAUUUCGAGGAGUGCUGCCGGCGUGGCAGCCUUCGGUGCUUUACAGGUUGUCAGCUUCCGACGUCGACAGGCAAGUGUGGUCCAGCGGCCAGCCCAAGAAGGCAAAAGAAGCCAGAGUUCUUCUGCUACUUGUGCCACUGCUUGCGUGGUGGUGUGUGGCAUUCCUGGUUCCGGCAAGAGCACGCUUUGCCGCUUGCUGUGUGCUGCGUUUGAAAACAGCAUGUGGCUAAAUCAGGACCAUUUUCCCUCUGGACCGAGAGCCAAAGUGCAGUUCUUGAGGGGAGUGCGGAACAGCUUAGAUGCUGCAAUGCGUUCCCGCCGUUCAGCGUUGGUCUGCGUAGACAAGGUGAAUGUUCAGAAGGCCCAGAGCAAACCAUGGAGGGCCAUGCAGGAGAGGGGUGGCAUCACCAUCUUCUGCGAGCUCUGCGAGCUGUCUUCGCCGGGGAAUCUCUUGCGCCGUAACCUUGCAUCAGCAUCUGCAGCAAUGCCCACCACGCACAGUCGCCGGAGCAGCAAGAGGGAUGAAACACGGAGGUCUGUCUGGCCUGCAUCCUUCGAGACACGGCUCAGAGCCGGCAUUGAGAGCGUGUGCCUCAACGGAGUACGUCCUCCGACCUAUUUCCGUUUGAUCAAUGUGGAGGAGAGAAGCACCUUCUGGGGACAGCCAGGCCCAUUCCGCCUGAGCAGCGUGACUAUUAGCAGUGUCGGGGUGAUGUUCACGGGUUUGAACAUAGGCUCCCGUUGUGUCACAGCCGAGCUGGGCUCCAAGCGGCAGAGCGCCGGAUUGCGGAUCGGAGACAACUCCGCUGCCGUCUCCGUCGGUCGGCCAGGUCAAGUUGCACAGCCAGCAUCGCCAGCAUCGCCAGCAUCUCACCUACUCACCUACGCAAAGGAGACACCGCCAGAAACAGCUGCCUCGGAGACGUGGCUCGGCAGGAGAUUUCAGCUUCUUGACGUCCUGAUUCGUGGUGCAAAACUGCUUUGUGCGAGGCAGCAGAGCGACCCAGAGGCGAUUAUUCGCGACAGUUGGGCAGAAAAGGUGCUGCAGCAACUCUCUAAGGAGGCAGGCUUCACGAAGACUUUGCCCCACAGGGACGGUGUCGACAUCAGCCCCAGCGAAAUUGCUGCACUAUUUGGUUUCGACCUUUUACAUGGUUCCGAGGCGCAGCCGUUGGUAAAGCAGCAGAUGCGAAAAGGCAUGCCGAGCAUUCCGAAGCUUGACCUGACUAGAGUGACUCGAGACGAAGAUGAAGAUGACGAGGACUUUGAGAACAAAGCUGCUACCUUACCGCCGUCGAAUGGGGCAUCCGGAUCCGAGAUCGCGUGGGAACAGGAGCAGCACUCAGCACAUAAAAUGAGGCAAGCAAGCAGCAAUCAGCAUGGCAAAAGUGGAAACAUCACCACCAAAAGCAGCAUGAGUGGCAUUAAAGUGAGCACGAACAUGCAGGAUACGGACAAGCCAAAACCAUACGAAAGACUGCAAACUUGGUCAACUCAUCCAGCAGAAGAAGUGUGCGGGGCAGGGCAUUCAGGGGUUGCCCGCUUUUAG